AUGUCGGGCUUAGCUGCUUCGUUGAUCAAUGGGGUUGGUCUUAAACCAGAAAGGUCGAGUCUUUACCAGCCCAGUUCGAUUCCUUCCUUCUUGAGAAGGAAAAAUCAUGGUGUUGUUAAGGCCUCAGCUCGGGUUGAUAAGUUCUCGAAAAGCGAUAUCAUUGUCUCUCCAUCGAUUUUAUCUGCUAAUUUCUCCAAAUUGGGCGAGCAGGUAAAAGCUGUAGAGUUAGCAGGUUGUGAUUGGAUUCAUGUUGAUGUAAUGGACGGUCGUUUUGUUCCCAACAUUACAAUUGGACCGCUCGUGGUUGACGCUCUGCGUCCUGUGACAGAUCUUCCAUUGGAUGUUCAUCUUAUGAUAGUUGAACCGGAACAGAGAGUGCCAGAUUUCAUCAAAGCAGGUGCAGACAUAGUCAGUGUACAUUGUGAGCAAUCCUCGACCAUCCAUUUGCAUCGCACAGUCAAUCAAAUUAAAAGCUUGGGAGCUAAAGCCGGAGUUGUCCUUAAUCCGGGGACCCCAUUGAGUGCAAUAGAAUAUGUAUUGGACUCGGUCGAUCUGGUCUUGAUAAUGUCUGUGAACCCUGGGUUUGGUGGACAGAGCUUUAUCGAAAGCCAAGUAAAGAAAAUCUCGGAGUUGAGAAGAAUGUGUGUAGAGAAGGGAGUAAACCCAUGGAUUGAAGUUGAUGGUGGAGUCACUCCAAAGAAUGCUUACAAGGUUAUUGAGGCUGGAGCAAAUGCUUUAGUGGCUGGAUCAGCUGUAUUCGGAGCCAAAGACUACGCCGAAGCUAUAAAAGGAAUCAAAUCUAGCAAGAGACCAGAAGCAGUGGCUGUGUGA